CUCACAAGCCGCGUCGGACGUUGAGCCCUGAUUGUCGGGCUGAGUGGUUUCCUGGACAUGGUCGUCGUCGUCGUCGUCGUUGGUGCGAGUUCCCAAAUUAGAGAGCUUCACGAUCAGUAGAUCGGUAGAGCGCCUUUUGUUGCACUACCGUUUGGGAUAUAUAAGGUCGUUCCAAAGUCAUUUGUGUUUGUCAUUGAAGCUUGUGGUUAUGAGAAGCGUACAAGGUGCUUGAGAGAGGACCCGCAACGUGCUUGAUCGGUUAAAUUGUUUUUGAGGUCUUUGAGUUGUAGAGGUUGUAAUUUUGAGCGCAGGAAUUGAGUAUCAGUAUCAAGGAGGGAAGGGAGAGGGAGGAGGGGGAGUUUGAGGCUUAUAUACGCAGGUUGUGAAUGGGAGGAGGGGCAGGGGUGCGGGUUGUCCAUGGAACCAUCGCUGCUGCUGCGGCGUUGCUGGCGACGGCAGCAUCUACCGUUGACAUUGGGGACAAGUUGCAUCUGAAGGUUACGCCGAUUCUCUUCUACGCGGUGCCAAUUUCAAUACCUCUGCCACCACUCUCGUCGCUCUCUGGUGCUUGUGGUUGCACGGAUCGUUCAUCCUUUUCGGUAUCGUAUUCGAGAAUUUUGCCGUCGAAGGAGUGUGAAGCUUCGUCCUUUGCAUCUGCUUCUUCUUCCAUCUCUCCUCCUGGUGCAACUGCGGGGAAAGGGCAAAAUUUUCAGGGGUGGAGGCCCUACAUGUCUGUUCUUCAACUGUAUACGGAGCCACCUCUGACACCUACGAAGCUCAGUACUUGCGUUGCCAAGGUGCAAUGUUCAAUUCAUUUGGAACCACUCGUUUCAACACUCUCGUCUUUUCAAUAUUCGCUACAGAAUCAUUCUUCCCAACACUCGCAAACUCUCCGUACGAGGCACGUCGCAAUCGAGGGGAAUUUCAAACUAGAUAGCAAUGAUGAUGAUUUGGAGCCACUAUCAAGCAAAUUUGAGUGCAAGGAGGAGUUAUCGAGGAGAGAAUGAAGGUUGUGUUUCAGUCUCUGCACCAGUCCUUGAUCUUGAGCCUCAGGUAGUUUCUUCCGAGGUUACAACCUACAAACGGCCGUUCAUACCUCUCUUCCGAAGCCACUCGUACUUGUACAAUGAGCAGCUGAGUAAUUUCCAUGAGGAGGUCUUGCCAUCAACACAUGCACACGCAAUUGCUCAUUAAAUUUCUCCGUUGCUAGUUUUAAAAUCUCUCACGGAAGUCUGCGCACCUGAGCCAAGGUGUUGGGUUGCUGAUGGGAAGUGAAGUGGAACUAUAGCACGCAUAGGGCCUGCUUCUCCGAGUCAGUUCACUUUUGAUACGUCUGCAGGUGUAGAUUGAAGUAAGCUUUUAUCUCACUUUACAAAUGAAGCCAGUAGAGUUCACUUUUAAAGUUUUGUUAAUAGUUUUUUCCCAACGUGUUUGUGCCUUGGCUUUUAGUCCACAUGAAGUAGGCUGGAUCAGCCUGAAUAAUGCACGAUGCGGACGAUGGAAUUACUUUCUCUACCUUGAGAAAAGUUAAAGUUUAAGGUAAAGCAAUAGGCAGCUACUGAAGACUUAGUCACAAUGCAGAAAUUUUGACGCUGAGUUCUUACAUUGAAGGUUAGAGAACGAUAGUACGGUAGUCCCACUUGCAUGUUAGUGUACUUUAUGCGAAAAUGUAAGGAAAGAGUGUAGAUAUGUGCAACUGGGGCAUUCUAGGCAUUCAUGAUUCAUUUGAAGUCAUGGCAUUGAUGUAUUUACGAUUUCCGUUACUCUAUUGAGUGCGGCAACACUGGAUAAUGAAGAAACUGAUUCGCAAUAUUGCAAGAUGUUAUUUCGAAUCAUUUCACA